GUGCCAGCAGCUCAUCCGGGUGGAAGCCCACAACAAUCUGAUCAAGUUCGCUUUUUCUAUCUAUCGUACUCACCUUCUCGCUUUCUGUCUGUUCUUCUUCUUCUCUGGACUGGUCACCCUCCGUGUGACUUCGAACUUCCAUCCCAAUCGGAAAUGCGGUGACCGAAGGUACCGCGAAAAAGCACCUGUCCGCAAUGGACGCCUACCCCGAAGACUACGUCACCCACAACCUUCCUUUUAUACUGCUCUCUGGCCUCGAGUCAGGACCCGAGGAGGAGCUAGACGAUGCCUGGACCAACUAUCCUCUUCUGCAGGAGAAAGGCUCGAAGAUAUACUCGGAUUUCCCGCCAUUGAGUGGCUCGGUUGCAGAGGAACUACGACGGGUAUUGCUAGACGAAGAUGCAUCUCACCUAGCAGGGAGCUCUAGAGAAGAGGGACAUGCAGACCCAGCGAAAGCCCAAUACAAGAUCAAGAGUGUUGGACGGUCUUAUAGAUUACCGCUGCGCAAAGCUGAUCCCCCACCUGUGUCUCCUCCGACGAGUCCUGGAGCCGGCCGAGAUAAUGAUGUACCACGCGGAACUUCGUUCAUACUUCACUCGCCAAUCUCACCUCUGACACCAUCGUCGCCCACAUUUCCAGAUGGUCUCCUUACUUCCCUGUGGGUGACGAAACACCAAGGGCUUGUCCCCGCGGCAGUCAUCAACUUCUUUCCGUUCUGCGGAGACCUUAAUAUGAGCUCGCUCCGUGACAACCAACUCAAAAUCGAGAUCAAUGGUUUAAAGAAGGAAUGGCAGUCUUCUGGCUACAAGACCCGGUUCCUAGUCGUUCUUUUAUCCGAAGAUAGCGAGGACAUUCAUCAGGGGGACGCCGAGGACCGGGUAGCGGGCAUUCGGAGAGCUACCAAUUUGGACCAAAAAUCACUUUUCCUGCUACCCUCGGAUGCCACGCCGAUGGAGCUCAAAGAGUUUGCGACAUCUUUACUGUCUCACCUCCAGCCAUCCGUGAUAGAAUACUAUCGAGAUCUGUCCAAGCAUGCCAGGAGAAAACGCAAUCGAGGGACGAUCCCUGCACCGACGGCACCACCCACAAGCGGCACCUCCCAGACCCUGUCAAGUCAAGGCUGGAAUGUGAGAUAUGAAUUCAAGCUAGGCAUCUUCGCGGAAUUUCGCCGCGAGAUCGAUGCAGCGCUGCGGAACUAUGAGAGCGCGUACGAAACUCUUUUCGGACAAGAAGUUUUUGAGUCUAUCGCUGGUUGGAAUCCUCGAUUCAACGAUGCACGCUUACUUGGAGAUGCUUUGGCCAUACGUAUCAUACGCUGCCUUCUAUGGACGGGACAAACCGCACUUGCGGUGCGCGCAUGGACCAACCACAGAACACGCUCACAUGACAUUCUCAAUCGUCGGGGUAAGGGCACUAAAAACUAUGGAUGGGAGGCGUGGGAAGCUCGAUGGUCCAUGGUCAUGGCGCAGCUGAUACGCCAGGCCAGCAUUCCCCAAUUUACCUCAGUGGGGAUCCCGCAGGAUCAAUUCCAGCAGCAAUAUUCGAUAUUCGUGCCACUGACCAAUACAAAUACCGCAUUGGAUGCUGAAGUACCAUGGGAACAGCUCCAUCACGAGGGCUACUGGUGGUAUCGAGCAGCAAAACACGCCAACUACCGGCGUAUCUUGGCCGAGCAAAUUCCAGAAGAAGAUCGGAUGCCACCCGGCCAGUCCCCUGCCUCCCAGAUAGCGAAUAAGUCUUACAUGUAUGAUACAUAUCUGGUACCCGACCCGCAUGUUGAAGCACCGCGGUCAGGAACAAGCGGGUUCGAUCACUCUGCAUUUCGACUGGAUGCGCUGAAAGCAGCGCUCGAGGAGUUUGCAAAGCGCGAUCAAAUACGAAAGACGGAAAGUAUAAGUCUGGAAAUAGCAGAAGAGUAUAUGCGCGUGGGGUCGUGGGCGGAAGCCCAUGCAAAACUCAAAUCGCUGUGGUCGACCUUGACUUGGCGGCGCACGUGUUGGUGGCAGCUCAUGGAGAAGGCCGGUUGGGCAUUGAGGGAGAGUGCCUCGCAUGUCAAUGACGCCGAGUCAAUCUUGCGAGUCGACUGGGAGCUGCUCCAUAAAUCUUUCACGCCCCGGCCUGAUUGGCAUUACGAUAUACAUCGAAGCCUUGAGGACCUUUCCCUGGUGAAACCAAAGCCAUCAGUUGUCCUGCUUGCGGAAGAUGUUGUCUCAUGCGUAACGGCAACGUUCGUUUUUGAAAAGUCGGAAGGCAACGUUGGCGAGCCGUUGAAGGGGCAGCUUAUAGUCACUUCAUGCGCUCACGCAUCAUCCGCGCCGAUUAGGCUUUCUAAAAUAAAGAUAGCUUUCGAAGGUUGUCUGCGUCCCAUCAAGCUCCAGUCAGACAACAAACAGGAAGUUGAUAGAGAGACGCUGUGCACAUUAUCGUCACCUUCGCUGCAAGAUCCAAGUGUCUCGGCAGACCAAUCCACCAUUCAGUCACCUACCAGUGGCUUAACAGCGCUAGUUGGCAUUGCAGACCUCACGAUUGCUCCGGGUCAGACGAGGGUGUACGAAUUGACAAGUAUCCCCAGAGAAUCAGGAGAAUCGCGCGUGGCCUCAAUUACACUGCUCGUUCAAGAAGAAAAGUUUGACCUUGCGAUAGCCAUCACUGAUUUGAAUCUCGCCGAAGCAUUUUGGUGGCGGACGGCUUCAAAAGGUCCAACCCGGCGUCGUGUCGGCAAAGGACGAGAUCCCGGUCGUUGCAAGAUACUUCCUAAGCCACCGAAGAUAAGGAUUUCUAUGCUAAACAUGCGAGGCACAUAUUAUACAAACGAGCAAAUAAUUCUCAAGAUUGACAUUCACAACGAAGAAGAUGAGGCUGCGGAAGUCUCGGCGGAAACGAGACUCUUUGCUCACCCAGACUCGAAAGCCAAAAUCCAAUGGCUAGACGAGACAGCGUCCUCUGAAACGCUAAGCUCUGGCCAGAGUACACCGAUCGAAGGGGUAUCGCACUUUAUCAAACGACCAAUAGGGCUGAUGGAUAGCUCAAGUCAUCGAGAGUUGGCGAUUGUCCUAGCCGAUACGAACGACGCCGCUAAUUAUGACCUCGAGAUCUCCACGGUUUACAACCUCGUGUCUGACAUUCAGACACCCAUCAUCGCCACGACACAGGUCACUCUGUCCAUAAUUCGACCAUUUGAAGCCAACUAUGAAUUUCUUCCACGCCUACAUCCUGAGCCCUGGCCGGACUUCUUCACCAUUGAUGACGAUCUGCUACCCAAUGGAGAAGUAUCGACCCCUGGAGGUCUUCAGCAGCGAUGGUGCCUGAAUGCAAAGGUUGUCUCUUUUGCCUUGGAGCCGCUCAUUAUUGAGAAGAUGUCUGUGGUACUGCUCGGACUUGGUGGCGCGUCAACCUGCCACAUUGGCUCAGAGGAGAUUGUUAGCCCCGACGUUGUACAGCUCCAACCCGAAGAACUUCGAGAGUCCAAUUUCGUUCUAGAUUUCCAGAAGGAGAUCCUCGGCGACCGACGACCUACCGCCUUAAAUCUGGCGCUUGAGAUACAUUGGCGGCGUAGUGCGACUGAAGAAGAUGGCACCGACCAAGCUGCCACCAUAUCGACCCUUGCUGUCCCUCGGUUCAUGAUCCCGACCGGCGAGCCUCGUGUGCUGGCCUCCGCGAAACCCUCGAACGCUCUGUCGGGUCUGAUUCACCUGGAAUACACCUUGGAGAAUCCCUCGAUGCAUUUUCUCACUUUCAACCUGACGAUGGAGGCCAGCGAACAUUUUGCCUUUAGUGGACCGAAGACAAUAGUCGUCCAGUUGGUGCCUCUUAGCCGACAGACGGUUCGAUACAACUUACUGGCAUCUAAACGCGGGUUGUGGAUUCAGCCACAGCUUGUUGUGGUUGAUACAUACUUCAACAAGACUCUCCGAGUUCUUCCCACCGAAGAUAUGCGGAGUGACAAGAAAGGGAUUCUGGUUUGGGUAGAUGCUGACGACUAGAAUCUAGUAGUAGCUGUACAACUGAUCUAGGUGGAUUCGUAAUUAGUGAUAGCUAGAUAAAAUACUUAGGUUCGCCUAAUGGAGGGUGCUGAUGUAGCACUCCAGCAUGUCCUUCUCUUUGGAAUGACACUGAGUGGGGAUAUUUGCAGACAGACAUUGUGAAUGAAGAGAUUGA